GGAAGUAUGAUUCUGUAUUUAUAUACAUCUUACUUAACGACUUAAAUUACGAUUUUUUAUCAAACAUGUUUCGUUUGAUAUUUACCUGUUUAUUCUUCAUUUUUUAUUGUGAAUGUAAGAUCCUGAAUCCUGUGAUAUUAGUACCUGGUGAUGGUGGAAGUGAAUUUGUAGCAAAACUAAACAAGACAACUGCUCCUCAUUCAUGGUGUGUUCUCCAUACAGAUUACUACUUUAGUUUAUGGUUAAAUCUUGAAGAGUUAGCUCCAUUUGUAAUAGAUUGCUUUACUGAUAACAUGAGAGUAUUAUAUGACAGGGAGAAACAUAUAACCCAUAAUCCACCAGGUGUUGAAACAAAGAUUCCAGGAUGGGGAGAUACAAGGACUGUGGAGUGGCUUGAUCCUUCACAUAUUAGUCCUACAUCUUACUUUUCACCCAUUGUUAAUGCCAUGGUAAAAUGGGGAUAUGAGAGAAAUGUGUCAGUAAGAGGUGCUCCAUAUGACUUCAGGAAAGCUCCAAAUGAAUAUGCUGAUUUUUACCAGAAUUUGAGAACUUUAGUUGAGGAAACGUAUGCUCUAAACAACAAUACUAAAGUAGUCUUGCUAGGCCACAGCAUGGGGAAUCCUACCACACUGUACUUCCUUAACCACCAGCCACAGUCAUGGAAAGAUAAAUUUCUUCAUUCAUUUAUAUCAUUAGCUGGUGUAUGGGGAGGAUCAGUCAAACCACUUAGACUCUUUGCUUCAGGCGAUAACCUGGGCGUAGCCUUUGUAAAAGCAUUAAAUGUGAGAGUUCAACAGCGAUCUAUGCCUAGCUCUGCUUGGCUGAUGCCAUCUGAUAUGUUUUGGGGUAAGGAUGAAGUCCUGAUAGAACGACCUGGAAGGAAUUAUACAGUCAAUGAUUAUAAACAAUUCUUCAUGGAUAUUAAUUUCAUGGAUGGGUGGUACAUGAGACAGGACACAGCAAAUCUUAUCAGAUCACUGACACCCCCUGGUGUGGAAGUUCAUUGUGUCCAUGGUUACGGCAUUCCAACGCCUGGAACUCUGGUGUAUACAGGCAAUAUGUGGCCAGAUUCACAACCAAAUGUGAGGUCAGAUGAUGGUGAUGGUACAGUGAAUAUCCGAAGUCUAAAGGGAUGUUUACACUGGCAAGGGAAACAACCACAGAAGAUUUAUCAUGUUCCUGUCAAAGGAGCCGAGCAUAUGGAGAUUCUUGAUAAUAAAGAUGUUAUAGCAUAUUUAAAGAAAACCUUGACAAGUUAAUGUUUUAACUUUUAGGUUUAAUUUGUGUCAUUUGCUGAAGAAUCAUUUUAUUUGUGGAUGUAAUUUUUUUUUGGGGUGGAGGGAUGGGAGUUAUACUGUCAAUAAUUUUUCCAAAAAAAAUAUAUAACAGGCCCAAGAAUAAUAUUUCAGAAAUCCAAGCUGAUUUUAUUACACGAAUUUAACAGCCUCUUCAGGAAAACUGCAGGCAUAAGAGGCUGGGAUGACCUGAAUUUUGAACACAUGAACAUGAACAAAUGUUUCGGUGGUAUUAUAUUGUUUUAGCCGUGACAACGCAUGAAGCAUUCCAUAACAUUCCACAGAAUGUAGGAAAAUAAUCUGAAUAAUUUAGAUCUGAUUGAUUCAUAAAAACUACUCUUAAAAUUUAUUUUAUGCUGCUGAAUUUUGUGGAAGUAAUGAAGAAAUAUCUUGUACUAUUUUCAGAAGAAUUUGCUUAUACAUGUAGUUAAAUAUCAAAAUGUCAUUUGAGAUAUGCAUAGAUUGUACUGGUAUUUUAUAAAUGGUAAUGGAUCUUCAGUAGCUUAAGAUUUAAGUAUGUCUCACUGUAUAACUAGUCUAAUAAUCAGAAAGGUGGUACUUACUUUAUUGUACAAUAGUGUAAAAUUAAAAUGGUAAAAACUGUUUCACAACAUGGGUUACUUGAGCUACAUUUGAAAUGAUGUCCCUUGGAACUGCUUUCAGUUGGUAUAGCCAUACGUUUGGAAAUUGUAUAAUGAUGCAACAGUUCUUUAUUUUUUAUCUGUUUGUUAAAAGUUUAUUAAAAAAAUUCCAUGUCAAAAGAAAAAUUGUUCUACAUCAAAAUUAAAUAAAAGAUUGCUAUCAUGCAGUCAUUUUGUCUAGUUUGACAAGACUAUGGUUAAAAAUUAUACUUGAAAAAUUCUUAUCCAAUUUUUAUACGACCGCAAAAAAAUUUUUGUGGUCGUAUAUUGGUAUGGCAUUGGCGUCGUCGUUGUUGUCCGAAGACACAUUAGUUUUCGCAAUCUAACUUUAGUUUAAGUGAAUGGAUCUCAAUGAAAUUUUACCAUAAGGUUCAAUACCACAAAAGGAAGGUGGGGAUUUAUUUUGGGGGUUAUGGUACCAACAGUUAAGGAACUAGGGACCAAAAAGGGGCCAAAAAUAAGCAUUUUUGUAACUUCCAGACAUGACUUGUGUGUAAGUGUAUGGAUCUCUCUGACAUUGUACCACAAGGUUCCAUAUCACAAAGGGAAUGCUGGGAUUGAUUUUGGGGAUAAUUGCCACCAAAUUUUAGGAAUUAGGGGCCAAAAAGGGGCAAAAAACAAGCAUUUUUCUAGUUUCAUGACAAUAAUUUAUGUGUAAGUCUAUGGAUCUCUCUGACAUUGUAUCACAAGGUUCCAUAUCACAAAGGGAAUGCUGGGAUUGAUUUUGGGGGUAGUUGCCUUCAAAUUUUAGGAAUUAGGGGCCAAAAAGGGGCAAAAAACAAUCAUUUUUCUAGUUUCAUGACAAUAACUUGUGUGUAAUUGUAUGGAUCUUUAUGAAAUUGUACUACAAGGUUCCAUAUCACAAAGGGAAAGUUGGAAUUGAGUUUGGGGGUAAUUGCCCAAAAACUUUAGGAAAAAGGGGCCAAAAAUAAACAUUUUUCUAGUUUCCUGACUAUAACUUGUGUUCAAGUGUAUGGAUCUCUCUGAAAUUGUACUGCAAGGUACCAUAUCACAAAGGGAAGGCUGGGAAUGAUUUUGGGGGUAAUUCCCUCAAAAUUUUAGUAAUUAGGGGCCAUAAAAGGGCAAAAAAACAAGCAUUUUUCUAGUUUCCAGACAAUAACUUGUGUUCAAGUGUAUGGAUCUCUCUGAAAUUGUACUGCAAGAUACCAUACCACAAAGGGAAGGCUGGGAGUGAGUUUGGUGGUGAUGAAUCAUAAGGGGGUUCAAAAAAUUUCGGGAGGGAUUUUUUUUUCCUUUUUUUUUUUAAAUUUUCCAUUUUAAAUUGGUUAUUUCUGAUUUAUAUAUAAAAGCAAAUAAUAAUGAUAUGGUUUGAAUAGGUAAAUUAAAAUUUUUUAAGUUCUUAGACCACUUUCAUUCUGUGUGAGAAACCUAUGCUGUGUCAAAUAUUUAAUCACAAUCCAAAUUCAGUGCUGUAUCAAGCUUGAAUGUUGUGUCCAUACUUGCCCCAACUGUUCAGGGUUUGACCUCUGCGGUCGUAUCAAGCUGCGCCCCAGCAGAGCAUUUUAUUUUAUGCUGUGAGAGAUGAAGAAAGGUAAUAUGUUUACAAUAGAAAAAUAUUUGUUCAUUGAUAUUGUUGAGUUAGUGGUUAGGUACAUGUAGAUGUACAUGUGAGCGAUAUUGUAAGGAGGGACAUUUUAUGAAAACUAAUCUUUAAUUUAUGCAUAAUAUACGUUACAUUUAGAAUUUUUAAAUGUUUAUUUUAUGUGGCAAAUUUCUUCCUAUUUUUUUUUUCUAAUGUUUGUAUGUUGUAUUUUAAGUUAUGAAAAUAGGAUUUUUAAGAGGAGGUAUACAAAUUUGGGUUAAAUGGGGGAGGCUAUAAAAAUGUGAGUUAAAAGGAGCAGCUUUGAGUGCAUAAAAACCAAGUUUCAAAUUGUCUUUAAUUGUUCAAGUGUCUGUUUUAAGUCAGAAAGUACCCUUAUCAGUUACUUUCAGAUCUUUUAUAAUCUUUGUUAAAUUAUUUUAGACUCAUUGUUUAAGACUCAAUGUGAUUUAGAACAUUGGCAUAGAGAGACCCUUGUCUAUUGUUGAAGACCUCAUGUGUAUACUUUAUCAAUUAGAUGUUUUUUUUCAUUUUGUUGAUUGCAGUUUACCUUACAUCUUUAAAUCACAGUAUUUUAGAUUAAUUAGUGCAAUAUUGAUCUUGUAGUAUUAUUUUUUGCAGUUAUUUCUAAAUACAGGAUACCAAUUUGAUAUAUUCUGCAAUUUAAGUAAAUUGUCUGGUUCAUUAUGAUGAUACUAAAUAGUUCACAGAUCCCCAUUUGAGCCUGAGCAACUUCUUUUAUUUUUGCAUUUAAGCAAAUUUCUGACAAUGACUACAGCUUUAGAUCAAAUUGAAGCAACGUUUUGGCCUAUUUUCCUAUUAUUAUUUUUGGAAAAUAUCUACAGUUGGUUUUUCCAUAAACAUAUGAAAUAGUACUUACCAAGAGUAUAUGUUUUCCAAAACUUGGAAAAUUAAAGCUACUUUUCUGAUCUUCUCUCUUUUGUCCAAUUAUGAUUUUAUUGAUGCUUUUCCCCAAAGUAUUGAAAGGGUUUUUUUUGGCAUGAUACAAUCACUACAAAUAAUUGUUGCAAUAUGUUUUUAAACAUUUUUUUCUAAUAUAUAUUUACAGAAUGUGUAACAUAAAAACAAUUUCUUUUAAGUAUUUAUAUUUAGAGUUAUUCAAUUUAAAUGAAUGUGGGAGGAUUAGAACAGAAGUUUUUAGACAUGAGUCUUAUUCAUUUAUAUUUGUGUGUCCAUUUUGCAUUUAUGCAAAUUUAAUUAAAGAAAGCAUGUUGGUUAUGGGUUGGUUUUUUUUUGUAAGUUCCUACACUCCAACAUAUUUUAAAUUUUGAAUGGAGGUCCUUAAUAUACUAUUUUAUGAAUAGUUAUUAAUAUAUUUUUACAUUGGCAGAUCUCUUGAUCAGCCUUUAAUUAAAAAAAUCUUAAGUUUCUCACGAUUUAUUUGAUAUUUUCACAUAAAGUUGUCCAAAAAUGUUUUCAUCCUCGCUCCCUUUCAAAAAAAUUCUUGAUUCACCACUGCAGAAAAUCUGGAUUCAAUUCAUGUAACUGUCUUAUUGCAGUAAACCAUCUGUUGGGUUCCAGUUAACAGCUCUGAUGUUCAUUGAUCCACAGUAAUGUGGAAGACAUUUUCUACCCUUUCUUUUAUUCAUUUAUUAGAUGAUGUGUGUACGGGUAAUCUGUGUUUAGAUCUUUAUAAUCAAAUGCAAUGUCUGAUUUUGAUUAAUUUUGAUUCUGUUGAUGAAGGUUUUUCUAGCAUUUAAAGAAUCAAAUAAUACCAUCAACUAUUAUACUCCUUAUAUUAAGAAAUUUGUAUAUACUCGGGGCUAUUCCAUUAAAAUGUAUGUGGGAGGGUAGGAAGGGAAGUUUAAAUAUUGAAUGUGGGUCAUGGGUCUUUUUUCAGUAUGCGUCUAUUACAAUUAUGCAAAAUUAUCUAAAAAAUGGUUCUUGGUUGUAGGGAUAUUUUGAAAGUCCCUUCCUAUCCCUCUACAUACAUUUUAAUGGAAUAGCCCUCAUGAUUUUUUAUAUAUUUCAAAUUUAGGUUAAACUUUUUAAAAAUUGCCGGCAAUCCAUUGAAGAUUUAUAAGUAGUUGUCUUGGUUAUGGAAAAAAACAAUUCAGUUUUGUCAUUUUAUUUACAACACAAUCGCAAAUUUUCAUUUUGUUGAAUUUUAUAUUUUUGACAGUUGCAAGAAAAAAUGAAUGCUAUUAUAAGUUAUAUGGUUUGCUACUGACCCCCUACGACCUCAUCCCCCAUGGAUUUUACUAACUCUCUAUGGAUCCGGAGAGGGUCAGUAGUGAACCGUACAACAAAUUUAUAUCACACAGGACUUUUCCUGUCAAGUUUUGUAUAAAAAUAAACAAUGAAAUACAAUAACAUUAAUAGAUGAUGUCACCAUUAAUAGUAUAUGUGACGUCAUGAACCCCAUAUGAAAUCUACUAACCCCAUAUGGAUACAUAGGGGGUCACCAUGUGACGCCGUUAAACCAAUCACAAUGUCACUAUUUAUCCGAGGUGCGAUAAAACUAGAUCUUGUUCUUUUAAUCAGACAUAUUUAGUAUAAUCCUUUUAUGAUUGUAAAUAUGAUGCAAGGUUUAUAUUUUUUGACAGCUUCAAUUGAGCCAUUUCUUGUCCGAUAUGUAUAACCAGAUGGUGUUUUAUUGGUGCAUAAUAUUUGAAAUCCUGAUUUAGUCAGAAUCAUAGUGAAGUGACACCCUCUUACAUCAAAAUCCUCAGAAGUCGGGAACUGCAUAUUUUGUUCAUAUUGAACACUGUUAAGUUUUAGCAGGUUGAAAACUAUCUAUACCAAGCAUUUUGUUCACUAUAGACAGGGAUUUAACAUGCCAAAACAUGUCUAUACAUGGUGUCUUUAAGACUUAAAAGGCAGGAGGGAGCUUUAUGUUUUUUUCACUUUAUUCCUGUAUAGUGUGUAUAAUGUUAAAUAAAUUAUUUCUGAAAUAAUAACCAUCAUUUUAAGAAUAUGUAAACUCCAAUUAUGAUAUUAUAUGGCAAUUUUCAUUUUAAUUUAUAUGAAUUUAUCUUGUUUACAUACAACAUAUUUGUCAUUUAUAUAUUGAGUGUCUUAAACAUGUUUGGAGCCCAAAAAAAGUGGCAUUUAUGAUGUCCUUGUUAAAAUCUUGGUUUUAAAUGAACCAAUUUGUCAUACUGUAUAAUGACCAGUGGUUAAAUGUGUUAGCUAGUUUCAGAGUUCAACAAGAUAUUAUCUCAUAAAUAUGGCAACUUGUAGUCUGUUUCAAGAUCUGAUGUAAAUCAAAUCCCUUGAGUAAACUGCUGACAAAUUUAUAAAAUGGUGCUCUUUUAUAUAUAAAGGGCUAUUGCCACUCAUCAUUAUGCUGCUUUUUAUAGUAUUCUUUUGUAGAUGGUAAAUGUAUCUAAUUUCAUAUUUUAAGAAUGGCCAACAAAAUUUCUAAGUAAAUAUUACUAACUUACCAUUUCAUUUCAUAUUUUUUUGAAAGGCCAACAAAAGUUCAAAUGAAUAUUACCACCUAACUGUGAAAGAAAAUGGGUUAGCUGUAGUCCCAUGGUUGUCCUUGGUUGCCAUCUGUCAUAUUGUUUUUCAUAAUUUGAUUGAAUCAGGCCUUUAGUUUUCUCUGUUGCAGUGUUUUACAUUUUGUUAUCCAAGGCCAUUUAUAAAUCAGGCAUUUAGUUUUCCUUAUUGUAAUGUUUCACAUUUUGUUAUCCCAAGGACUUUUAUGAAUCAGGCAUAUAGUUUUCCCUGUUGUAAUGUUUUUCAUUUUGUUAUCCUAGGACUUUUAUACAAAUUAAAGAUUACUACAUGGUGUGGGUUUUUCCUCAUUGUUAAAGGUCUAACAAUGACCUGUGGAUGUUUACACCCUUGUCUUUUGUUGGACACUUUUUUUUAUUGGAAGUCAUAUCACAUCUCCUUAUUCAAAUAUUGGUGGGUAAUUCUACACAAUCCUCAAGUGAUAUUCAAUUGGUAAAACACACAUGAAGUGAUUGGUUAACAAGCAGUACCCCAAAAGAAAAGGCAAAUUUUAAUCUGUUCAUGAUUUUUGUUUAGUCAGUAUUAAGUCUAACACCAGUUCUCCAUGUGUAAUUCAAAUGUCAAAAGCAAAGGUCAGAUAUCUGAGGACAGUACUUGAUUUUAUGAUUUUAAGUCUGACUCUGACAGACCAUUCAAAACAUUUGCUUGCUUGAAUAUUACUGAAUGAAACAGAAUAGUUUUUUUUAUGUUUUUGAAAAAUACGUUAUUUAGGAAAACCAAGAAUUUUCUAAAAAGUUAGAUGUUCAGGUCCUUUAACCAAAGUAAAAACUAUUUAACCCUGUAUCUUGUUCAUCAUUGGCAGAUCAAGAGUGGUUGUUCUGGGGGUUAGGUUUUUUUUUUAAAUCACAUAAAAAGUGAUGAAAAUUUAGUUGGAAUGCCUCUUUUUCCCUUUGGAACCCCCUAGAAUUUUCUAGAUGGAAACCACUGGAUAUUUCCAAGUAGAAACCCCUAGACUUUUCUUUGGAAGGCCCUAAAAUCCUCCUUUAAGAUAUUUUUUGGAUCUGUUGUUUGAUCAUUUUUUCCCUUGUCAAUUUAGUUUUCUGCCAUUCUGGAACAUGUAUUGAUCUUUAAAAAAAUGAUAUCAAUGAUGUCAAAUGACCAGUAUUAACAAAGGUUAACUAUGACAGCUUUCAAUGACUUGAAAGGAUGAUAAACUUCUAAUUUUCUUUUGCCUAGUUGAUAUUAUAUUUGUAUUAUUAGAUUUAUGUACACAAAAUAACCUUGAGGGAGAGGGGUGGUGUUCUGCAAGCUUUUGCGUUGCAGUUAUCCUGAAUGACCUACAAUUGUUAUUUUGAUUCAAAUUAUAUAGGUGGCUUUAUGAAGUCUUUCUGAAUUGUGUUAUUUCAUAUGAACUCAUGAUUUUCUCUACUAUAGUAUUGAUAUUUUUUAGGAGUGCUUUUCAUACACUUUUAAAUACUGUAAAUUCAGAAAUUAUUGCGUACAUUUAUUAUUGCGAUUUUUGAACAAUGGACAUAAAUGCGAGAUUAGUUAUUGCGAUUUCAGGAAAAACUGCAUACAGAUAUAUUGAUCAGAUAUCAGAAUGCAAGUUCUUAUUAUUGCGAUACUCACUCAGUUGCAUUAUUCUCAUUAAUAAAAACCUCGCAAUAAUUUCUGAAUUUACAGUUUGUGAUUGAGUGAGUCUGUUGAAAGAAUGUUUUUCUUAUCAUUUUUAUUUUAUUUCUAAAUGGCACAAAAUGUAUCAUGGUCUGUAUUAAAUUUUUUUUUUUUUCAUUUGAUAAAUUCUAUAUUACCAAUGAUUUAUACUAUAUAAAUUCUUUGUAUAACACAUUCUGAUUUGCAUCAACAGGUAUCAUGUGCAAACUAUUUUCUUGCAAGAAAGCAAAUCUAUCAUAAAUUUUUUAAAACUAAGAUUAACAAAACUUGUUAUUUUGAAAUAAAAGUGUGCAGAAGAAUUAAACAGCUCGACUUGGAUGACUUAACCAUAGAUUGAUUUUGGUUUGAAUUAUUUUAGAAUAUUGCUCUUGUGCAAGAAAAUGGUUAGCAUAUCUUUGUAUGACUGAUAAUGUAAAUCUGUGUAAAAAGUAUAAAAAGGUUAAGUUUUCUUUGUUUGAAAAAUAAAUGUGAAUUUUACCAUUCCAUUAAGCCAAAUUUGCAUUGUUUGAUUAUUGAUUGUAAAUGUAUUUAUUCAGUUUGAAUGUACUGUUUACUUGUCAAUAUUUGUCUUAUCAUCUUUUAUUUAAUUAAAUGUGAAAAAAUGUUAUGUUUAUAAUAAUGGAUUUAAAUUGGAAAGUAA